AUGUCUUCUAAGGACGAGUUAUUCCAAAGUAUAUGGUUAGAGUUGGAUAGUACCAAGAAAGGUUUUAUUUAUGGGAAAGAUCUUCCAGAUCUUGUCACUAAAACAUUAGAUGCAUCUAAUGGGAGUAUUGAAACUAUUGAGAAAGAUAAAAGGUUGUUGCUUGAGAAGUUUGCAAAAGAGCAGUCUUAUACAAAGUUAUAUAAAGUCAUAGUGGAUGAUACUUUAAAGAAAUUGAUCGGAAUGACAUGUUCUGACCUUGUUUCUGAUCGUAGUAUUAAUAUUGUCAAACCAUCAAUACCCAUAAGAAAAGUUGGGACAGGUGAAGAAAAUAAGGAUAAAAAUGAAUUAUAUGCCUUGAAACAACAAUUGAGGGAAAAGGAAGUCAUAAUUAAAUCGAAAGAUGAAAAAUUGGAUGCUUUACAAGAAAAUGUAGAAUUAUACAAGAAAAAAUAUGAUCAUUUAGUUGAUGAAUUCAAAUAUUAUAAAAAGACAAUAGGUAAACAGAGACGACUUUCUGAGGAGAUGAAUGUAAACUCUGAGAAUUCGAUAUCGAGUGAAGAGAACGUAGAAAAUAAAAAUUUCGACCUUAGAAAUGAGUUUUUCAUUGAAGAAUUUAGAAGACAAAUUAAUGAACAAUCUAAAGUUAUCAACAAAUUAAAGGAUCAAAUACAAACCAACCCUGCAAUAUCUGGAUAUGAUGGGACAAAGACUAAACAGAACAACUCAUUUUAUUGGAAUAAUAUCCCUGUGUUUAUAUCGAGACAAUUCACUACAUUUUUAGUAAUAAUAUCAGUAUUAGGGUUUGUGUCGUCCCUAUACUUUAGGUUUAUAACAACCGACGAUUCUCUUCUUAUUGGUCUGGAUAAUGUGGAUGGCGGAGAGAGUUGGUUUCGCCGUAAUCCUUUAAUUAGUAGUAUCGAUUGGUUAGUAGGAGAGAAAAUUUCGGAAGAUAAUGAUAAUGGAGGAGCUUCAUAUAGGGAAAUGACAAAGGAAGAUAUCGAGGCAUAUAAUAAAAUAUUUUCGAGGUCAUAA